AUGACUGUCGCUGAACACGAAAAAGGCGAGGUAGAAAUUGGCAUAAUAGGAUUGGGUGACAUGGGUUUAAUGUAUGCUAAGAGAAUAGUAAAGGCCGGGUGGAAAAGUGUGAAUGUAUGCGACCUGCCAUCACGUUAUGAACAACUAAAAGUGAAAUUGAAAGAUAGUGGUUUGAAUGUUCUUCGAGAUGGUCAUGCUGUAUCGAGAAAGAGUGAUUUUAUCAUUUACUCUGUCGAAGCUGAGAAUAUUGAUAAAGUGGUUGCUCAAUAUGGUCCUUCUACCAAAGUUGGUUCUAUAGUAGCUGGUCAGACAUCAGUUAAAGAACCUGAGAUUCGUGCUUUCGAAAAACAUCUUCCCGAAGAUGUUCACAUCGUUUCGUGUCAUUCGCUUCACGGACCUACUGUAGAUCCUGAAGGGCAGCCAUUGGUUAUGAUUCAACAUCGCGGCACAAAAGAGAAAUUCCAAUUAGCACUACGUAUAUUAUCAUGUUUGAAAUCUCAAGUUGUAGUUUUAUCCUAUAGUGAACAUGAUCGUAUCAUGGCUGAUACUCAAGCUGUGACUCACGUGGCCUUUUUAAGUAUGGGAACUGCUUGGAAGACUCAAAAACAAUUCCCGUGGGAAACUCCGCAAUACGUUGGUGGGAUAGAAAAUGUUAAAGUUCAUAUGGCAUUACGCAUAUACUCGAACAAAUGGCAUGUCUAUGCCGGAAUUGCUAUUAUGAAUCCAGCUGCAAAAAUACAAAUUAAGCAAUACUCACAAUCAGUAUCUGAUCUGUUUAAGUUGAUGAUUCAAGAAAAAGAGGAAGAAUUCACUGCUCGCGCGGGAGAGUACGUCUUUGGUAAAACUAGAAAUUCCUCUCGCGAACAAAUAUUAUUAUCAGAUUCUAUUUUAGAUCAAUUCUCUUUAUCAAGUGUGCCUAAAGAUAAAAGAAAACCAAAUUCUCAUUUAUCAUUGUUAGCAAUGGCUGAUUGUUGGCAUUCUCUCAAAAUUAAUCCGUAUGAACAUAUGGUGUGCCAGACUCCACUUUUUAGACUUUGGCUAGGUAUCACAGAAUAUUUAUUCUGCAAUUCAGAUAUGUUAGAUGAAGCAAUUCAUUCAGCAUUAUAUAGUAAAGAUAUUCGAGCGGAUGAUAUGGAAUUUUAUAGUGCAACUAAAGGUUGGGCAGAAUGUGUUGAUAUUGGUAAUAUGGUUACAUAUCAAAGAAGGUUUGAGGAUACUUCAAAAUUCUUUGAAUCUAGAUUCGAAGAAAGUAAAAAGAUGGGAAGGGAAAUGAUAAGAGUCAUUGUAACUAAAACACAUAAAUAG